UGGUUAAAUAUAGCACCCGCGAGCUCAGCUCCUCAACAUAGUCAUUGCUCUGACAGUGUUGUGAAGGGAGCAGAAGAGGAGAAACCUAAUCUCAGAACCCAACAACACCUAGCAACAGUUGAAAAAAACUUUUAAACAAAAGUCUGGGUGGGAGAUAUACAACUUCCAAUUUCUGCUGAUCCGGAUUUCAGGGAGAAGAAGCUGCUUUCCCCCCUCUCUGCUCUGUUUCCUGCAUGACUUCAGCUAUUGGCUAGUCCUAGGAAAGAAAGUGGGAAAAGCUUUUUCCUCUGUAUUCUUUUGGGCUGGAUAGUUUUUCAGAACUCGAGUCUUUCUUGGGCUGUGAGACAAGCCACUGGGUUCUUCAAAGGAUAAACUACCUCCAUAGAGGACAUACCUUUGGUUAAAGGAGCUGCUGUCAGGUGGGAAUGAGAUCUCGAAACCAAGGUGGUGAAAAUUCAUCUGAUGGGCAUAUCUCCUGUCCCAAGCCUUCCAUCAUCGGCAAUGCUGGUGAAAAAAGUCUCUCAGAAGAUGCAAAAAAGAAGAAGAAAUCAAAUAGGAAGGAAGAUGAUGUCAUGGCCUCAGGAACUGUCAAACGACACCUAAAAACAUCUGGAGAAAGUGAACGAAAGACUAAGAAAUCCCUGGAGUUAUCCAAAGAAGACCUCAUCCAACUACUCAGUAUAAUGGAAGGGGAAUUGCAGGCCAGAGAAGACGUGAUCCACAUGCUGAAGACUGAGAAAACCAAGCCUGAGGUUCUGGAGGCUCAUUACGGGUCUGCGGAGCCAGAGAAAGUACUGCGGGUCCUGCACCGAGAUGCCAUUCUUGCCCAGGAGAAAUCCAUAGGAGAAGAUGUCUAUGAGAAACCGAUUUCAGAGCUGGACAGACUUGAGGAAAAACAGAAAGAAACCUACCGGCGCAUGCUAGAGCAGCUGUUGCUGGCCGAGAAGUGUCACAGGCGCACAGUGUACGAGUUAGAGAACGAGAAGCAUAAACACACUGACUACAUGAACAAGAGUGACGACUUCACCAACCUGCUGGAGCAGGAGCGGGAGAGGCUAAAAAAGCUCCUUGAACAAGAAAAGGCUUACCAAGCCCGCAAAGAAAAGGAAAAUGCUAAACGGCUCAAUAAACUAAGAGAUGAGCUUGUCAAACUCAAGUCCUUUGCACUCAUGUUGGUGGAUGAAAGACAAAUGCAUAUUGAGCAACUUGGCCUGCAAAGCCAGAAAGUACAGGAUCUUACUCAGAAGCUGAGGGAAGAAGAAGAAAAACUCAAAGCCAUUACUUCUAAAUCCAAAGAAGACAGACAGAAACUGCUCAAGUUAGAAGUGGACUUUGAACACAAGGCUUCCAGGUUUUCUCAAGAACAUGAAGAGAUGAACGCUAAACUGGCUAAUCAAGAGUCUCACAAUAGGCAACUUAGGCUCAAGCUGGUUGGCUUAACCCAAAGAAUCGAGGAGCUGGAAGAGACCAACAAAAGUCUACAGAAGGCAGAGGAAGAACUUCAGGAAUUAAGAGAUAAAAUUGCCAAAGGUGAAUGCGGAAACUCUAGCCUCAUGGCAGAAGUGGAAAAUCUUCGAAAGCGUGUGCUUGAGAUGGAAGGUAAAGAUGAGGAGAUAACUAAAACUGAAUCCCAGUGUAGGGAACUGAGGAAGAAGCUGCAAGAGGAAGAACACCACAGUAAGGAGCUCAAACUUGAAGUUGAGAAGCUACAGAAGAGAAUGUCUGAACUGGAGAAAUUGGAAGAAGCAUUUAGCAAGAGUAAAUCUGAGUGCACCCAGCUACAUUUAAAUCUGGAGAAAGAAAAGAACUUAACCAAAGACCUGCUAAAUGAAUUGGAGGUGGUCAAGAGUCGAGUUAAAGAAUUGGAAUGUUCUGAAAGUAGAUUGGAAAAGGCUGAAUUAAGCCUAAAAGAUGAUCUUACAAAGUUGAAGUCAUUUACUGUGAUGCUGGUUGAUGAAAGGAAAAAUAUGAUGGAAAAAAUAAAGCAAGAAGAGAGAAAAGUGGAUGGACUCAAUAAAAAUUUUAAGGUGGAACAAGGAAAAGUUAUGGAUGUAACUGAAAAACUAAUUGAAGAAAGUAAGAAGCUUUUAAAACUAAAAUCUGAAAUGGAGGAAAAAGUAUGCAACUUGACAAGAGAAAGAGAUGAGUUGAUAGGCAAAUUGAAAAGUGAAGAAGAAAAAUCCUCUGAAUUAAGCUGUAGUGUUGACUUACUAAAGAAGAGACUUGAUGGUAUAGAGGAAGUGGAAAGAGAAAUAACAAGAGGAAGGUCACGAAAAGGGUCUGAGCUCACCUGCCCAGAAGAUAAUAAGAUUAAGGAACUAACACUUGAAAUUGAGAGACUGAAGAAACGUCUCCAACAAUUGGAGGUGGUCGAAGGGGAUUUGAUGAAGACAGAAGAUGAGUAUGAUCAGCUGGAACAAAAAUUUAGAACUGAGCAGGAUAAGGCCAACUUCCUCUCUCAACAACUAGAGGAGAUCAAGCACCAAAUUGCCAAGAAUAAAGCAAUAGAGAAAGGUGAGGUUGUGAGCCAGGAAGCUGAACUGAGACACAGAUUUCGGCUGGAAGAAGCUAAAAGCCGAGACUUAAAAGCUGAAGUACAAGCUCUUAAAGAGAAGAUUCACGAAUUAAUGAACAAAGAAGAUCAGCUUUCUCAGCUCCAGGUAGAUUAUUCUGUACUUCAACAAAGAUUUAUGGAAGAAGAAAAUAAGAACAAAAACAUGGGGCAGGAGGUCCUCAAUCUGACCAAAGAGUUAGAGCUUUCCAAGCGCUACAGCAGAGCUCUUAGGCCCAGUGUGAAUGGAAGAAGAAUGGUGGAUGUUCCUGUGACAUCAACUGGAGUCCAGACUGAUGCAGUCAGCAGUGAAGCAACAGAGGAAGAAACGCCAGCUGUAUUCAUACGGAAAUCCUUCCAGGAAGAAAAUCAUAUCAUGAGCAAUCUUCGGCAGGUGGGAUUGAAAAAACCUAUGGAACGAUCCUCUGUUCUAGACAGGUAUCCUCCAGCAGCAAAUGAGCUCACUAUGAGAAAGUCUUGGAUUCCAUGGAUGAGAAAGAGGGAAAAUGGCCCCUCAAUCACUCAAGACAAAGGGACCCGAACAAAUUCCAGUCCAGGGCACCCAGGAGAGGUAGUCCUUUCACCAAAGCAGGGCCAGCCUCUGCAUAUUCGAGUGACACCAGACCACGAGAACAGUACCGCGACUUUGGAGAUAACAAGCCCGACAUCUGAAGAAUUUUUUUCUAGUACCACCGUCAUUCCUACCUUAGGGAAUCAGAAACCAAGAAUAACCAUUAUUCCAUCACCAAAUGUGAUGUCUCAAAAACAAAAAAGUGGAGAUACUACUCUUGGCCCAGAACGAGCCAUGUCCCCAGUCACAAUUACUACAUUUUCCAGAGAGAAGACCCCAGAAAACGGAAGAGGCGUGUUUGCGGACAGGCCCACAUCCCCUAUUCAGAUAAUGACAGUGUCUACUUCAGCAGCGCCAGCUGAGAUUGCAGUUUCUCCCGAAUCCCAGGAAAUGCCCAUGGGACGGACUAUCCUCAAAGUCACCCCAGAAAAACAGACUGUUCCAACUCCAGUACGGAAAUACAACUCCAAUGCCAACAUCAUAACCACAGAGGACAAUAAAAUUCACAUUCACUUAGGAUCUCAGUUUAAACGGUCUCCUGGCACUUCAGGAGAAGGAGUCAGUCCAGUUAUUACUGUCCGACCAGUAAACGUGACAGCUGAAAAAGAGGUUUCCACCGGCACUGUCCUUCGCUCUCCCAGGAACCAUCUCUCCUCUCGGCCUGGUGCGAGCAAAGUGACGAGCACUAUCACCAUAACACCGGUCACAACGUCAUCUGCUCGAGGAACCCAGUCAGUGUCAGGACAAGACGGGUCAUCCCAGCGGCCUACACCCACCCGCAUUCCUAUGUCAAAAGAAAGCAUCAUCAUUCACCAGUUACGAAUGAACUCCAGAUGAAAUGGUAAACCAAGCACAUACUGGGUGUGUGUACUUCGUCUGAAUCCCUGUUGAAUGGAUAGCCCUCCAUCAUGACUAAGGUCCUCCAUGCUACUGAUCACUACUGGAAAUAUUUUACUACUUCCAGUGAUUUUUUUUUUUAAGUAUAUAAUGUAAAAGCUGAAAAUGGCCUUGCUGAUAAUAUGAAAAUAUACAGCAAGAGCAAUUCAAUCUUUGUGCCAAAAGAAAUUUCCUUCUGCAAAGCUUUCAGGUCCAUGGGCACAUGCUGUAUAACUUAUUUUUUAUAAUACAUUUUGUAAUGUGAUUUUUUUUCCUAAACGGUUUCCUUUUUCAUAGUCUCUGGCACAUAUAUCUGCAGAAUGCACUGUCAGUUAUUCAAAGUAUUGGUAUUGUUGCAUUCAAAAUAGUAACCUAUAAUUAUUUUCUCUUUAUCAAUUUGUUAAUUCUGAAAAAAAGAAAGUACAACUAUAUUUUCUGAGGUAAAUUCAAGAGGUAAAGCUUAGAAGCAGGAGAUCCUGGAAGAGGUUUUUACUAUUGCUUGUACAAUGCUAUGGUUCUGAUCAUGAUUCAAUACUAACAAAUAAUGCUCUGACUAAAAAGCUUAAUUUUAAAUACUCAAAAUCAGUUUCUAAGUUGUUCAUUCUGGUGUUCUGGGCCAAUAACCUUGGAUGAAUUGAUUUUUAUACAGAAGAAAUUCAUAAAAGGAGAUGCACCAGUUUAACCAAGUAAGGGUAAUAAGAACAGCUUUGAUUGACAGUUCAAUUACAUUCUGAUUCCAUUAUUUACUUAUAUGUAUAAGACUUACAAUAGGACUGUUAUAUAAAGAUAGUUCUCACAAUCUAAUCCAAUCAAAACUUGAAAAUAAAAUGUCAGCAUCUUUUUUAAAAAAGAAGACUGGGCAUGGUGGAUCAUUCCUGCAAUCCCAGCACUUUGGGAGGCCAAGGCAGGAGGAUCCCUUAAGCCCAGGAGUUCAAGACCAGUUUGGGCAACACAGUGAGA